CCAUGGCGGGAGAGCGGAGGCGGCGCGGCGGGGACGGGCCGCGGGAGCGGGCGCGGGACGGCGGGAGCCGGCGGGAGCGGGACGGCGGGAGCCGGCGGGAGCAGCGGCGGGGGCCGGGCCGGGGGCGGGCGGCGGCGCUGGCGGUGCUGGCGGGGGCCGUGGCCGUGGCGCUGGGCCUGGCGGCGGCCGAGUGGAACCGGCGGAGCGCGGCCGCCCGCCUCGUCACGCCGCACCCCGCGCCCCCCGCGCUGCCCCCCGGUUCCACCGGGCCCCUCGCCUCGCCGCGCCGCUUCUGGGGCACUUACCGCCCCCACGUCUACUUCGGGAUGAAAACCCGCAGCCCGCGGGCCCUCGUCACCGGGCUGAUGUGGCUGCAGCAGGGCGGCGGGGGAGGCGGCCUGCGCCACACCUGCGAGCAGAGCGACGGCCUGUCGCGAUAUGGCUGGGUGAUGCACGACGGGGAGAACUUCGGGGUGCAGGAGCUGCGGGACGGGGCGCUGCUGCUGAAAACCGAGUUCGUUAAACAGCCGGGAGGGGAGCACGGAGGGGACUGGAGCUGGCGCAUCACAGCACGGAGGGAGGGCACUGACGGCCCGGCCCCCCUCCUCUCCCUCUUCUUCUACGUCGCCACGGAUGGGCAGGGGACGCUGGAGCCGCACCUGGAGAAUGGUACGCGGCUGGCUGCUGUGACGGGGACAACGGAGGAGCUGGGGAGCUUCACCCUCACCUUCCUCCGCCCCACGGCAGGGAGUGGGGAGGGCCCCAAACACGCCAGCUACAACUACCUGGAGGCGCCGAUCCCAGGGCUGCACCGCCUGACCGAGGUGGUGCACAGGAGCCUGAGCGACCGCUUCGUCUUUGCCGCGCCGGGGGGUCCCCGACGCCGCUUCUUUGCCGUUGACGCCUUCCCGGGGCUGCCGGGGGAGCCCCCACGUGGGCGCUUGCUGCUGCACCAGGUGACGCUGGAGCUGCCGGCUGUGCUGGAGGUGACCUUCGAGUCAGGCAGCGUGGUGGGCCGGCCCGGGCGGCUGGCAGGGGACGCGCUGUCGGCAGCGCUGGCACAGCACGCGGCCGACUUUGAGCGGCGCUUCGAGGAGACCUUCGGGCUGGGCCGCAAGGGCUUCCCCCUGCCGCAGCGGCGCUUCGCCCAGGCCGCCCUCAGCGAGCUGCUGGGGGGGGUGGGCUACUUCCACGGGCACUCGCUGGUGCGGUCCCCGCUGCAGGAGCACCCCGUGCCUGGCCACGAGGCCGCCCUCUUCACCGCUGUGCCCUCCCGCUCCUUCUUUCCCCGCGGCUUCCUCUGGGACGAGGGCUUCCACCAGCUGCUGCUGGCGCGCUGGGACCCGGCCCUGAGCCGCGAGGUGAUCGCCCACUGGUUGGACCUGAUGAAUGCCGAGGGCUGGAUCCCGCGGGAGCAGAUCCUGGGAGAGGAGGCACGCGCCAAGGUGCCCCCCGAGUUCGUCCUGCAGCACAGCGAGACAGCCAACCCCCCGACGCUGCUGCUGGCGCUGCAGCGGCUGCUGCCCGAUGCCCCCCUGCCCUACCUGCACCGCCUCUUCCCCCGCCUGCGUGCCUGGUACGACUGGUACAACCGGACACAGGCUGGGCCACUGCCCCUCACCUUCCGCUGGCGCGGCCGCGACCCCCAGCACGAGCACUUCCUCAACCCCAAAACGCUGGCCUCGGGGCUGGACGACUACCCCCGUGCCUCGCACCCCUCGCCCGAGGAGCGGCAUCUGGACCUGCGCUGCUGGAUGGCGCUGGCCUCCCGCGUGCUGGGUGAUGUGGCCGAGCGGCUCGGCGAGCCGGCAGCGCCUUACCGGGACACAGAGCGGGCCCUGAGCGACAACGGGCUGCUGGAGCAGCUGCACUGGGCCCCAGAGCUGGGCGCCUUCGCCGACUAUGGCAACCACAGCACAGCCGUGGCGCUGCGCUGGCAGCGCACGGCGCCGCCGGCACCAGGGCGGCCCCCCCCGGCUCCGCAGUUGGUACGGGAGGUGCGGGAGAGGCCACGGCCGCGCUUCGUGGGAGCCCUGGGCUACGUCAGCCUCUUCCCGCUACUGCUGCAGCUGCUGCAGCCCGACUCGCCGCGGCUGCCCGCCGUGCUGGAUGCCAUGCGCAGCGAGCAGCAGCUCUGGACGCCCUUUGGGCUGCGCUCGCUGGCCCGCGACAGCCCGCUCUACAUGCGCCGCAACACGCAGCACGACCCACCCUACUGGCGCGGCGCCGUUUGGGUCAACAUCAACUACCUGGCGCUGCGGGCGCUGCGUGGCUAUGCCGAGGCUGAGGGGCCACAGCGGGAGCGGGCGGCUGAGCUUUACCGGGAGCUGCGCCAAAACCUGGUGGCCAACCUGUACCGGCAGCACGCCGAGAGCGGCUUCCUCUGGGAGCACUACAAUGACAGCACUGGCCGUGGCCAGGGCUGCCGCCCCUUCGCCGGCUGGUCCGCACUGGUGGUGCUGGUGAUGGCCGAGGACUACUAAGGCGGCCGAUGGGGCCAGCCGGGCUGCGGGCAGCUGCCUGCACUGCCGGCCCUGCCUGCCUUUCUCAGGUGCCGGGGGGGGGGGAGGUGCGGACCCUGCCUCCUCCCCAAAAAUAAAUCUCCACCACCAUA